CGGGCUGUGAGGGCAUGAUUCUUUCGGUCUCUCCAAGUCCCUCACGAUACGUAAAUUUCUAAUGGUUAUGAAUUUUUAUUGAAAUCAUACGGAUUAUUUUUUAUUAAUUCUCUUAUUAUUUUUUCGUUUGUUUGAUUUUUAAAUUUAAAGUACAAUUAUUUUUUUUUUCGAAAAUUCAGCAAAGAAAAAUUUGAAUACAUGAAGAAAAUCUUCAAUAAUAGAAAAGAGAAAAAUGAAACAUUAAUUCAUCCAUAAACCUGAAUGUGGUGACGCAGCGAUGAACGGUACAGCGGUGCGGGAGCGGUGGUGCGGCGAGGCCUUCGACAGCCUGCACAACGCCUACAAGGAGGCCCAUGGCUACUCCAGCCUCGUCGUCUGCCUCUUCGGCUCUGUCGCCAACGUCCUCAACAUCGUCGUGCUCACCCGGCGGGAGAUGUCCUCCCCCACCAACGCCAUCCUCACCGGCCUCGCGGUGGCCGACCUCCUCGUCAUGCUGGAGUACAUCCCCUACUGCUGGAGGGAGGUCUUGGCGGUGAGGCCCAAGCGCGACAAGUACUCCUACGGCCACGCCCUUCUAGUCCUGCUGCACGCGCACUUCUCUCAAGUCUUCCACACGAUAUCCAUCUGGCUGACCAUAACGCUGGCCGUGUGGCGCUACAUCGCUGUCGUCUAUCCCCAGCGGAACAGAGAGUGGUGCGGUAUGCAGCAGACUAUAAUUGCCAUAACCAGUGGCUACUUGAUCUGCCCUAUCCUUUGCAUACCGCUCUACUUAGCCUUCGAUAUCCAGCCGAGGGGAACCAUUUUGGACGAAUUCGGCAACAAACCGACAGUCAAUACGACAAAGUUCACAAAUACUACCUUAUACUACGUGGACCUCAGUGAGCUAGGCAGAGCUAACGACAACCUACUGGCCACCAUAAAUUUCUGGGUGUACAGCAUAGUGAUCAAAAUCAUACCCUGCAUCGCUCUGACCAUACUCAGCCUCAGGCUCAUCUCGGCCUUGAUCGACACCAAGAGGCGACGGGAAGCUCUGACCAGCGGUAGCCGAAAGACUCCUAGGAUAGCCGAGAAGGAGCGGCAAACCGACAGGACGACGAGGAUGCUCCUAGCAGUCCUUCUCCUCUUCUUGAUCACGGAGUUUCCCCAGGGCGUCCUCGUCCUCUUGUCCAUUUAUCGUGGCCAGGAGUUCUUCACCGAUUGCUACCAAAAGCUAGGAGAGAUCAUGGACAUCCUGGCCCUGAUCAACUCCGCCAUAAAUUUCAUGAUCUAUUGCGCGAUGAGCCGGCAGUUCCGGACGACGUUCAGCUUGCUGUUCCGGCCCCGGUGGCUGCCGGUGCCUCAGGUGGAGAACGCGCAGAACAACCACACGACGACGAUGGUGACCCAGGUUUAGCGAAAGGCCAAGAGGCGGUGCUCUCUCCGACCCUCCCAGCUCUAACCUCACCCAAGACCCCUUCACAACUGCCUCUGUCACUUCUCGUUUUAAGUCUUUUCCUGUUACAGCUCAAUUCUCGAUAUUAAGAAGGGUAGUGUGAUUGAAUAAUGUAAUUACGAAUUCGAAAUAUUUUCUAUCCAAGUUGUAUAAAAAUCUAUUCGAUGUACACAGGAACAAUGAGCUUAUGAUUAAGUAAUAGACUCUAAUACAAAGGUGUGUUUUGUUUCUAAUGAUUGUGAAGUCGAACCCGAUGUGGAUGUGUUAUCUUUACUGUUACUAAUGUGUGUUCAUUUCGUUCUAUUUUAAUCUAUUAUUUCAGCUUCUUGUGUAAAUUUAAAAGUGAUUUAAAAGAAAUGAAACUGUUGUAUUAUGCAUUAUUAAUAUUUUUUAUAGGCUGUCUAGAAUUUAUAUAUUUUUUAAUAAAUCGAAAGUGACAUUCAUCUCUCCAUCCCACAUGUUGUGUAGUUGAUUGUUAUGCAACUGCCCUGUUUGUCGGUCUGCAGUGCAGUUGGCAAUUUGGGAAUCAUAUUCCUUUCAUUUAUUAUCAAUUGUGUAUAACUGUAAUGUACUUUUUAAAUAAAUUGUUAGCCUGUUAACUAAUGCCCAACCUAGCUUUUAAGUGUUAUUGUUUGUGUGAGGCUGUGUUACUGUUAGCAAACGGCCUGUUAUCUUAUAGAUAAGAUAUUGUAUGUUCGUGAAAUAUUUAAUGUUAUAACCGUAUUUCUUAACCAUACUUCAAAUAACUGUCAUUAGAGCUGUAUAUAUGUAAAGCUGUGUAUAAUAAUAAUAAUAAUUUAAUUGACCGUGAGUGCGAGAUGUGUAUAUUUUUGUAUGUUUUUUGUUUUGUUAUGUGAAGUAUGACGUGGUGGGUGGCCUUCCCCGAAUGAGCCCAGGGGUGGACCAGCCUUGUGUGCCUGUACUCUAUCAUGUCUCAAUUGUUAAAUAUAUCUGAUAUUGCAUAUAAAGCUUUUUAAAUCAACCUCAAUCCU